AAGAAAAUUAUGCAUCAAAGUAAAAGGUCAAGAGACCUGUAAAUGGAUUAAUUUUGAUAGUUCAGUUCCUCCAAGACCAGCUCAGCCAACAUCAGCACUGUAAGCACUGUGUGUUGUGGAGCUGCCGUGCCUACAGUGGCACUACCAUAUAAAUCCACUAAAGUGGUUAAGAUGGACCGAGUUUGUUCCUGGUUUGUGCUAAUGCCAGAGGAAAGUUCAGUAAUUGCAUCUAGCUGUAAAGGAUGUUUGAGUCCCCUUUAUUCGGGAGGGUAACAUAAUCAUCUUGGUCAGUUUGGUUACAGUUCUCAUAUGCAUGUUCUCAUAAGAAAAGCUCUUUGUGUUUCAGGCCUGGUUAUGUGGCAAGGGCAGUUUCUUAAGAGCCCAGGGACUCCUACAGAAACAUUCCUCUUUCACAGGUCUGCUAAAUAUUACAGUGCUAUAGAAAGCUGUGACAGCCAGAAGACCCACACCAGCAGAAUAAACGUCUGUGAAGCUCUCUGCAGUUUGGGUCAGCAAAACCACAAAUCUUUUCUUGUUAAAUACAUUUUCAGCAAGAUAAUGUAUAUCAUGUAGUAUAUUGAGGACAUUAAAAAAUGUCAGGUCUCUGAAGUAUUUUGUAAGCUUAAACUCAUCAGUUCGUUCUCACUCCAAAUUAUUCCAGAUCAGUUCUGUGUCAGUGGCUUUGAAUCAUCCAUGGUUUAAUAUCAGGUAGAAGCUUAACUUACAUCAGUGGCUUGGCUUUAAUUGAUACAAAUUAGUUUUAAGCUGUUUUGAGCAUGUCACUUUUCCUAUCACCAGUUAAUCGGUACUUACACCAAUGUGAUUUUUAAUAUAGCAACUGCAUUUGAAAUUCAUGCUACCACUCUGACUGAAAAUUAGCUUGUUACCUUGUGGUGAACCAUGAAGUGAUAAUCAAAUUUGGUUUUGCCCUUUGCUACUGGUUUGAUUUAUUGAUUAGUAGACCUUAUAAAGAUUCUCUGCUAGAUUAAGUAAAUACCUUUCUGCUUGUUUGUUUGCAUUUGAAGCAUCAGUUCUGAUAAUUUUCCUCUCUGCUGGAAGAGAGGUUAUUAGAAGACUAAAAUAGUGGUAACUUGUGAGUUGAACCUCUUCCUUCCCAGAUCCCCAUAUUCUCCUUAAUUCUUGGAGAUGUUAUGACAUGAAUGCUGAUUCUGCCUAGCAUUUAUGGAGAAAUCUGUCCCUAUUUUGCUGUACACAAGUGCUUUGCAAAAUAAGCAUAUUUAAGAUUCUUUCAGACAUCAAUUUCACUGUUCAGAUUUUCCUAAACCUUGCCAAAGAGCUCCACUGAUGAGAGAAAGAUAAGACAUUGCCAUGUAAAAAGAUCAAAUAGGAAAUCACAUUUAAAACCCAACAGCGGUGGGACAACUUUUAUAACUCACAAAGAAGCAAGGUGGAGGAGGAGGAGCUGGGUUUGCUUUGAAGUUCUCCAUUAAAAUUAAUAGGGAUUUAUAUGACUUAAUAUUUCAUUAUAAUUUAUACUUCAUUCACAUUACAGUAGCUUUUAAUCUGGAAACCUUUUGAAGACUUGGCAUUGAAAAAUCUGAAACUCAUGUGAGUGAAAUAAUGCAUUUUAGUGGCUUUAGGCUGGGCAAAAUUAGACACAUGUGAGCAAGAUUAAUGGAAUCUCCCCAUCAGGAUAAUGCUUUGCAUGCCCCUGAACAUCUGUCCUACAAAGCCACAGCUGUGAAAGCUGCUCCUGUUGUAAAUUAGUACCUGCUCUUGAAGAUACUGCUUAUCCUGGGAGAGUAUUGUUUUAGCAGGGGUAGAGGAGAGAUGAGUACAGAGCAAAGCUGAGUCAGUAGGGCAUCCAAGCCACCAAUGACAUGGUAGUGAUCUUGUAAGCAAAACUUACCUCAGUGGAGAGAAUGAACUAGUGCUCUUUUCAAGGGCACUAGCAAAUCACAGAAGUGUUUUUAAUCUGUGGAGUCAGCGUUGCCUACAUUUACCAUCUGUCUGCAUUGCCCCCUUCCUUAUAUACAGAUUAACUUUGACUCCAGCUUUGUUCAGGAAAAAAGAUUCCAGUCAACAUAAGCAAAAGCAGAAGAGUUAGCACAUCACAGCAAACAAUGCUUUCUGUUUUAAGAAGUUACAUGACUAAGAGGAAAAGGGACCUCCUCACCUGUUACUUACAGUACCCAAAAUUCAAGCCAUACUGGGAUAUGACAUUAGCACUUCAUUUCUUUCUACUAUCAGCAUGAAAACUUGUAUUUUGCGUGUUGGUUUGGCAAGUUAGACUAAGGAACCAAAACAAAGGAAAAAUACUUCCUUGCCAGUGGCACUUCGUUCAGAAAAAUGCACGUUUGUUAAGAGUGUCUACACAACCCAGGAGAAUAAAGGCACUGAAAUUUAACUUCUAACUGAGGGAGAAUUCCAUUUUGAAAGAUGUUUAAAUACCUAAAGGUAAAUUAGGUACCUGCUGAGCUGGCCAAAGCACCUAGGCUCAUGCAGCAGUGCCUGUAUACCCUCCCAGGAGCUUGCAGGAAUUGUCAGUCCUGGUGGUCCUUCCUGACCAGGAGCUAAUUACCUUCUAUCUCCUCUGAAGCUACAGGUGCACAGACCUUCCUGCCCCAGACUUUGUGGGACAGAAAUCCAUUCAGGUUACAAAAUACUUAGAAAAUCCAUCCAGAUCAGGAAGCUCAUGAGCUGCAGCUAGAUGGAACCUGGGAGAGAUUAGAAAGCAGUAGAAUUCAUACUUGUGUGUUCUUACUUUCUAUAGGCAUCCACUUUGCUUACAUCCAGUCAGGCACAGGAUAGUGGGUAAGGCCCAGGACAGUGGCUCUCAUGAUCUUUAUUUUGAACUUACCCUUAAGAUGUGCUAUCCCCUCUUUCCUGGUAGCUUAUUAUUAGAACUGGGUCACAUGAGGCAUUUGGGACUGUGUCUCAGUUGCAUUGACCGACAUUUCUUUCCCAGGGAAAGCUCUAUGCUGGCAGGAACAGCAAUACAGCUCAUGUGGGGAGGGGAGUAGCAUUUUUUUUGCAUAAGAUUCAGUUAAUGCAGAGUUUUCGUUUUUCUGGCUGUUGCCCAUUGCAUGAGGGAUGUGGCGCUGAGCUAAUCCAGGGAGGCGUCAAGGCGCGUGCCGUAUUUAGAGUCAGCCACCUGCUUGGAACAUCAAGCAGCAGCAAAGAGCCUGCUUCAGCACAAAACUGCCCUGUGGGUCCUGCAGCAGCGCCGUCCAGCAGGCCCUCCUCUGCCUAAAUCUGCGUGUGGCCUCCGAAGGGGUCAGCACCUGAAGACAGUCAGACCCUGUCAGCCUGGGAAUGCUCUGAGGCUGGCACUCCCUCUGCCCAGGAACUGCCAGAUAUUUUGGACAGCUGCAAGGUGGAAGUAAAUCACGUGGGUGAAGAGUGGCCUAAUCUCUACAUAGGCAAUAUACAGCUGCUUUACCAAACUCAGGAAAACGAAAAGCUGUCUCUGAUACAGCCUGAGUGCGUGCAAAAGAGCAGCAAGAUGCCUCACACCAAAGACUCUUCAUCUCUGACUAGCAAUGAUUCCUAUGAAACACCAGCACUAUCAGACCUCCAGCGGCUUCUGUGGUUCAGAGGAGGGUCUGAUAAUCAUGUGGACCAAGUCUGGCCAAAUAUCUACCUGGGAGAUGCGUGGGCUGCCAGGAGCAAAACUACUCUUCAAAGCCUCAACAUUACUCAUAUCCUUAAUGCAGCAGAUGGACCAUAUAGCAUCAACACAGGAGCCAAAUAUUAUGAAGAUCUGCAAAUAGAGUACUAUGGAGUAGAAGCAUUUGAUGAUCCUUCCUUCGAUUUAAGUAUCUUCUUCUAUGAUGCUGCCAAUUUCAUAGGCCAGGCCUUAAACUCUUCAGGAGGUAAGGUGUUUGUUCAUUGUGCCAUGGGAGUGAGCCGCUCAGCGACUCUAGUGCUUGCCUUUUUAAUGAUCCAUGAAAACUUGACACUGGUGGAUGCUCUGAAGACGGUGGGUGCUCACAGAGACAUCUGCCCAAAUUCAGGGUUCCUCAGCCAGCUCCGGGACUUGGACAUUAAACUGAAUGAAGAGAAGAAAGGAACAAGAGCAUCUGCUCCUAAAGAGCUGUAAGAGAGUAUUGCUGAAAGAGGCAGGACAAAAUCUCACUUGAGUUGCCUGUAUCUCUUAUAGAUGAACCACAUUUAUAAAGUAAGGACACAAGAUUAUGAGACACCAUUACGCAUGUUAUUAAUAAAAGUAGAUUUUGCCUGAUCUUUCCAUUUUGCAAAGCCCUCCUAGGUUUAUACCUAUGAUUGAUUGCAUACUCUAUCCUUCACUCUCCACCUUAAAACAUUGCUCUCUACUGGUUAAAAAGAAAAAGAAAAAAAAAAAAAGAAAGAAAGAUAUCAGGUUCCACUUCAGAAAUAGCUGUGUUUUUAGCAACUAGUGAAGCUCAUAUCACUUUAUGAAGUGUUAGGCUAUUUGAGGUGAAAGAUGCCAUAUUAUUUAUGCUACAGUAAUGCUUAGAAGUUUUCUUAUGAACCAGCCCCCAUCCCUUUGCUCCCCGUAUCUCAAAGGGUUUGUAUUUUGAGACUUGAAUCUGGCACUGGUUAGUUCUUGAUUUUACAAUAGGUGGAGCUCCUGAGUUGGGGUAAGAGGUUUUUUAAAGGCAACACAGCUGUGAAACAACACAAGCCCCUCUAAGGAGUUAUUCCAGGUCUCUCUAUAGUGUUUUCCCUUUGGCUAUUCAUCAGAGUUUUUUUCUCCACAAAAAUACAUUUCUUUGAGAGGAUAUUCAAAUAUUUUUCAUCUUCCAUAGCAAAAAUCAUCCAGGAAUGCUGCAGAAAAUGCUUCUGAAGAAGAAGGUGGGUUUCCAGCUGAGGGUCCAACCAGCUGCAUGGGCAGUGAGAGUGGGUGCAAAGUUCAAUAUAUCCCAGAUUUGUCUGACAGUUGAAAAUUACAAAACUUGGGAUUUUCUUGCUCAAAAAUAAAAGUUCAUUAACAUUGCAACAUCA